AUGAUCACAGACCCAUUAAGAACAUAUAAAAAUCCAUUUCAUUCAUCUGCAAUCUCUUGAAUAAACUCUUUAUUAGGAUCCAUCUCAACAUCUAAAAAUAUUGCAGGAGUCCUUGUUAUUGUUGAAGCUGCUUUGCCUAACUACCCCUUCGUGAGCGAGCAAUACUAUUCGAAAAAUCCCUAUUUUUUAUAAAGACUCAUCCUCCGUGAGUCAAAAGAUUAUUUAUGAAACAAUUUUUAUAUAUAAGUGAUAGUCAUUAUAAUGAAAUCUCUAACUAAUUCUAUUUAAUUUUAAAUAGCUUGCAUUUUAAAACAAAAAAAAUUUUACAAAUUAAAUUAAUAUUUGCUCUUAAAUUAUUUCGAGUUUUGAAAAAAAAUUUACUAUCAAAUUUUAUAUAUAAUUAUUUUAAAAAAAAAAAAAUUCUGUGAGCGAGCGAAGUUUUUUUGUUGACUUACGGGUUGGGGAGUAAGCUAUUCCCUGCAAUAAUCGCCACCCUUAUGCCACUUUCUUGAACUUUGAGGAUUUCGCUUUCUUUUGCAUCUUGAUAUGAAGGCUCACAAAGUUUAUUUUCUCUGCUCAAAUUAACCCAAAUCUGAAUUCCUUCCAUUUCAUUUGUUCCUGGCAUCUCAGAAUGCAUAAUUCCUCUGCCUGCCGUCAUCCAUUGAAUGCCUCCUUGCGAUAUUUCACCUAUAUUGCCUCUGAAGUCUUCAUGCUUGCAACUUCCUUGAAGCAUAUAUGUUACAGUCUCAAAGCCUCUGUGAGGAUGGUCAGGGAAACCUGCAGGCUUGCUAACAAAAAAGUGGUUAGCAGGAUUUGAUAAGAGAAGAAAAUACAAAAAUGGACUUUGUCAUUAAUUUUUGUUCAAAUUGAUAAAAAAGAAGGAAAUUUUUGAGCUGAUAAAAAAUUAUUAAAUUAAAAUUAAAAAAGUGGUCCAUCAUAAGAAAAGGAUCUAAGUUCUUUAAUUGAGAAGUACCGAUUACACGCUUUACGCGUGCACCAACGCCUUCUGAUAAUUCAAGAGGAUUGACUAUUCUGACUACGGAUCUAGACAUUUUUAAUCUAUUAAUUCUGAGAUAA